GGAGGAUUUGAAUCACAUGUGAUUAAUUUUAGGUUUGGCAAAUCUGAUCUCGGCGAUAGUUUUUUUUUUUUUUAGUUGGCUAUGACAUCUCGAGCAAAGUACCGGCACAACCCUGCAGGUGGCAGCAAAAUGUCAUGUGCGGCAUCGUUUAGCAUGAGACUUUACAAGAGACAUGAGAAAAAAGAAUACAACCCGUUCGACAGUGGGGUUUAAACGUGAAUACGGCGAGCUAGCGAUUUGGUCGGUCGGUAGGUCUGGUCACGCUGGAGGAGUGCUCCGCUGUCGGCCGUUUGUACUUGGCAUAAGCGAGAGGGAGAGUAAAGAGGACAACACGCGGGUAUUUAGUUUAGAAAGAAAAGACAAAGCGGCUACAUUCAUCAUAUAAAGAAGCAGAGAUAAGAACUACUCUUUUCUUUUAACGUUAAUUUGAUUUGGCUAACUAGCUAGCUAGCUGGUUAUUAGCCAGCAGUCACCGGCUAACGUUAGCAGAAAGGAGACAGGCUUGUUCCGUUCUUUUCCAUUUAAUUAACGUGUGCUCUUCAUCAAGACGGGCGCAGUACUUUUUUCGUCUCCAGUGCACCUCAUAAAGCGGAAGUUAUUGAUUGCAGCGUGACCAGCGACAGUGGGAGAAAAUGACGGGGAAAUCAGUGAAAGACAUUGACAGAUACCAAGCAGUCCUGACAUCCCUUCUGGCUUUGGAGGAUAACAAGUUCUGCGCCGACUGCCAAGCAAAAGGUCCAAGAUGGGCUUCCUGGAAUCUGGGAAUCUUCAUCUGUAUCCGCUGUGCAGGAAUCCACCGGAACCUGGGGGUGCACAUCUCCCGGGUCAAGUCGGUCAACCUGGACCAGUGGACCCAGGAGCAGAUCCAGUCGGUCCAGGAGAUGGGCAACGGUAAAGCCAGACGACUCUACGAGGCCUUCUUACCAGAGUGCUUCCAUCGGCCAGAAACAGAUCAAACAGCGGAGAUGUUCAUCCGGGACAAGUAUGAGAAGAAGAAGUACAUAGACAAGUGCAUAGACAUCCAAUCCUUCAGGAAGGAGAAAAACAGCAACGUGAUCACAAAAGAGCCACCAGUGGUAUUUGAGAAGAUGAAGCUGAAGAAGGAUGAUUCACAGCAGCCACGGCCAAUCCCCAAACAGUCCCAGUCUGUCAAUGACCUGCUAGGGCUAGACGCCCCAGCACCCAGAGCAACAUUAGCCAAUGGAAGACCGAGUCCUGUUGUGACCCCUGCCCUCGACCUGUUCAGUUCUCUACCCGCCACCAGCUCCAGCGCAAACAGAAGCACGCAUGCCUCGGGCACCAUGCCCAGUGGGCGCGUGGCCGCUUCCGUGCCCGAGAACCUCAGCCUGUUCCUGGACCCGCCGGGCAAGUCUGAGGAGAGCAGCAGCAACACCAGCAGCAGCAAGAAGAUGUCCAAGGACUCCAUCCUCUCGCUCUACGCCACUUCCUCCAUGCCCCAAACCAACAUGGCCGCCGCCCACGCUGGCAUCUACCUCAACCCUGCCCAGAUGGGCUACUCCGCAGGCGCAGCGGCACCUGGCUACGGGCAGUACCAGGCCAUGGCAGCCCAGGGGGGGAUGAUGGGCGCCAUGAUUGCCCCCCAGAUGGGCAUGGUGGCGCAGCCUGGCGUGAUGCCCCACCAGGCGGGCAUGGGCGCCCAGGUGCCCAACCCGUACAUGGCGGGUGUGCAGGGGGGCAUGAUGGGAGGGGUGGCGGCCGUGCCGCCUCAGCAGCCCUACGGAGCGCAGCAGGCCCAGCAGCUGCAGUGGAACAUCGCCCAGGUCAGCAGGGACACCUCGUCUCUAAUGACUCAGCACAUGGCCGGCGUGAACUUCUACGGCACCAACAGCAUGAUGGGAUACGGGCAGCCCAUGGGCGGAGCAGCGGCGGCCACCACGCCUACUUCCAGUCACAUGUUGGGCUCGCACGUGUGGAAGUGAUGUCAUGGGGCGCAGGCACGGGAUUGGACAGUGGCUCGUAAGCAGGGGGCCUGGACCAUUGGGAGGGGGGAGGGAGGGAGCCACAGAAAAGACGUCUCACACACUUGCACAUACACACACAAAUAUACACACGCCAUCAUGCUCAUUUCUGCCUUUGGAAUUUUUGUUACGUCAUAACCAGUGAACACAGCUGAAAUGUCAGAGGUUAAAUGAAGACAUACUCGGGAAUGUGAUCAAUCACAGCGCCACCUGGUGGAUUGGGGGUCAUAUCACGCUUCCUCAUGCCAGCCUCACUUCAGCGUGGACCAAUCACUGCAGUUCUUUCACUAUCCUAAUGUGACUUUUCGUUCACUUCCUGUGUAGACCUGUGUUAUGUCGGGGGUUUUUUUCUUCUUUUUCUUUUAUUGUCAGCAACCUGAGUUAGUCCUCUCAAUGAGUUUGUUUCUGGUUGUCACCAGGAUCUCUCAAACCUCUGUGGUUUCUGUUGGAUUUGACUGCAGGCCUCUGAAGCCUGUGGACCUCACUUUACCGUCAAUGGUAGGCACAGGCGAUGAACAUGAGUGUUUUGUGUGUUAAAACAGGGUAAAGCUGUGACAGGUGUGUGUGUGUUUGUGACUGAGUGAGUGAGUCUGUGUCAUGAUCGAUGCAGUGUUGUGGAACUAAUACACCUUCACCAAACUCAGGAGUCACCUUUUGAAGCAGUCAUGAGUUUUGGAAGGACUUAGUGGUACUUGGUCAAAUUCACUGGCACUUGAAUAGCUCACUUAAGACAAGAAUGAUUUAAGAAUUGGAACCAAAGAAUUGCCGUAGCUAUAGAAUUUUGCAUACAAAAAUAGAAUCUGUGGAGGACUACCACACAAAGAGAGGAAUGAUGUUACAAAUGGAAAAAACCUGUUAAGGACCGACUGAAAAGAAUUUGCAGUCAAUGGGGUAUCGGUAGACAUUUGUACGAAAAUUAAUGCAAAGUCAUUUUAUUUUAUUGUUCACAAUGCUAUUUCUUCUAUCACAGUGACAGCAAAUGUGUCUGUUCUACAGUUUCGGCAUGAAUGUUAUUGUGUCUGUAUCAGGGGAGUUGGUCGAGAUGAAGUCUUCUCAUUACCGAUGUUGCAUGAAGGGGUUUUCUGUAUGCUGGCUGACCAGAGAAUGUUUUUACCUGUACUGAGAACCAGCUGUCCAGCAUCUGGGUCUGCUCAAGAGAAAAAAAGACCACAUGCGCUGUUUUUUUCCUGAUUGAGACUUAAUGAAUGUGUCUGAAUCUUCAGUGUCCUCAGUCUGUCCUGUCCUCUUCUGUGUGUGUGUGUGUGUGUGUGUGUGUGUGUGUGUGUGUGUGUGUGUGUGUGUGUGUGUGUGUGUGUGUGUGUGUGUGUGUGUGUGUGUGUGUGUGUGAGGGAGAAAUAGAUAUCGCGUCCUCUUAUCUUUGUGUGCACACUGCAUGUUUGUGUUCCUGAGCGUGUUGUGCUUGGACAACGUCCGUCUCGUCUAGGGCGCGGGGCACGUCUGUGUGUCCUGUUAUUCUUCGACGCUCUUUUAAAGGGUACGGUUGCUUCCUGUGUCGCCAUGGAGACAUUCCCAGCAUUCACGUGUGCCAGUCAGGCCACGGCAAAACAAGGACUGGGUGCCAUUAUCGUUAUUAUUCUUACCACCGCGAGGAAAGCAAUGUUUCCCUGACUCGACGUAACGUGAUGCUCUGGUUCCUUUUCUCCAUCCCAGCCGGCUGGCGCGUGAAUGAGCCUCUCUCAAAGUGACUUUGAAUGUCGGACCCCCACCGCUCCAACUGGCCUCUCGCCGUCCCGUCGUCUGCUGAGGACUACACACUGAUUGUCAUCCCCCCAGCAAGGCGAACUAGGCGAGCUGGCCUUAGCAGUGACCUCACCUUCAACAGAGCAGCUUCCACCAAGAGAUAGAAAGACCCUCUACAGCCCCCUCUGGUGGUAACCAGAGGUGCUUGCAAGAGGGUAACCUGUAACCACAAUAGCCAGAGCCUUGGUGUAGAACUACAUGCCCACACACACACACACACACACACACACACACACGUGAAUAGGCUACUAUUGCUUACAUGCGCACAGCCAACACCAUUCCUUAAAUGUCCUUGCACUGUUUGUUUGUCCCUCCGAUGCACGGCGAUUGUUUUGCUUUUGACAUGUUUGUUUUCUCUUGCGCUGUGGGUGUUCUUAUUUUCUAUUUAAAGAAUGUUCUAUAAGACAUGCAGUAGAGGACAUCAUCUAACAAAGGCAUCCCACCAUCAUAAAAGCCAUAACCUUGUGUCAUUCACCAAGCGGAAGCCCCAACUGUAUCACCCAUCUGAAAAAUGUAUUAUUAUUAUUAUUAUCAUUACAAACUGCAUGAAGCUGAUGUGUCGGUAAUUUAGUUUUAUUUUAUUUCAUGAGAAGUCAAAGCCUUUGUGUGAAACUGGGAGCACUUUACUGAUCCAAACCCAUAGUGUGACCCUGGUCCCUGGAACCUCUGUCAUCCCUGUAGGGGGGCAACUAGCGCUGUGUUCAGACUGCAGGGGGAAAUCAGAUUUGUUUCUCAAAUCGGAUCUUUUGAGACGACUGUCUUGAAGGUGAUCAGAUCAGAUUUUUCUGACAUCACCAACAUGGGUGGCUGUGGGAAAGGCGUCGCUAUCAAUCAAUGUGAAUGAUUUGGCGCUCUGCUAAUAACAGCAUGAAUUCCGGCACUCUGGAUUUGGUGUCGUUGUUGUGUCCCGUUACAAGUGAUGCAAAAUACACUUUGAAAUCUGAUUUGAGCGGCCGGAUUGCGACGCAGCUGUAGAAAUCCGAUUGGAAUCGCAUUUCGAAACGCCUCCAAAUGUGAUUUUGCUGUCCAGACUUUCAAAAAUCAGUCUGGAUACCAUUUGGAUUUGGGGUAGCAGUCUGAACCAGGCCUAGGAGCUGCGCCUGUUAGUCCCGGGGUCCUGUGAUGACUUACACUGACUUUGCUGAAGCCAGUGUAUGCCAGCAUGUCCUAAUGGAGCAGAAGAGGUAGAGGCAAUACACUUCAAAGCUUGCAAUACACGCAGUAACGCCACAUCAUUUUGUAGGGCUUUGGAGUUGGCAGAGAGAGAGUGUGUGUGUGUGUGAGAUGAAUCAUAGGCAGUUGUGUGAUGUUUGUGCUUCUGGCUAGGCUAGCGUGCACUUCAGUGAAAAAGCAGGAGGCCAGGCAAGCUGUGGUUUUGACUCAGACAGAGCAAUACUGUGAGUAGCAGCAUGGCGGUGUCGCAGGGCUCACUCAUGGCAAUGUAACUGUCCUGCAAACGCUGUGAGGACGCACACAAGCAAUGAGUCUCUAUACUAUACGACUCUCAGACUAGGCGAGGGUAACGCAUCAACAACACAUAUUUAGUCUAGAGCAGUGCUUCUCCGAUUGGAUAGUGGGGGCCCAGAACAUUGUGCAGAUUAGAUUACUUUCUUUACCUAACAUCUGAUUCAGUUUAGUAGCUCGUAUUUAAUGGUGUCAGUAAACUGAAUCAGUUGUCAGGUCAAGGAGAUGAACAUGUCUGUCGCAGUGAGUCCCUACAGGAGUCCCAUUUCUUAUCAAAUAACCUUCCAUGCUUGGGAGACAACUCUGUAGUCAUGCCAUGGGAACAGGAAGUUAGAGACUGACUAUAGCGAAAGACCGAUUCUGAUUGCUAAGUUAGGCUACUUUAAAUUGGUAUUGUAUGCGAUAUUAUUGCAUGGUAUGCAGUAGUGUUGCUGGAAUAAGUACUUCUAGUAACUACUAAAGAAGGCAGGAACUUCCUCAGAAAAAAAUCCAUGCGUCAGAGAUCUGUGACGUAUAAUUGUUUGGAUCAACAUCGCCCCCUGUUGGUGUAAAGGUGCUACAACGUCUGAUAAGGUUUUUUCAUAGUCCCUGCAGAUGCUGGGGCCUUUUGCUUCUCUUCUGUGAAAUAUCAGCACUCUCUCAAGGAAUGUAACUUUUUAUUAAUAAUCUCAAUAUCUGUUCAUGGGUUAUUUUAAUCUUUUUGCAUUUUUCCUAUGUAUAAAUGAUGCCUCACCUUGAUGUAUAAUUUGUGGAGUAUAGUUGCAAUACAUAAAAUAAUUUCUUCAACUAUAUCUUCCUUUUUAAAAUCAUUUUUAGAAUAAUAAAUAUGUAAUGCAUCAUUAAAGGCCUGGCUUGCUAUAUACGUGACAUAAAAGGAAAAUAUAUUCAAAUUA